CGGGCGCGGGGGGCUGCGAGGCCCCGCCAGAUCCCGGCGGUGCUGCCGCGGCGGCUCCAUGCCGCGGCUUCGGGCCGCCCGGCUCCUCCCCUCGCGGUGUGUGUGAGUGUGUGUGUGUGUGUGUGUGUGUGUGUGUGCGCGCCGGGGCCGCCGCCGCCGCCGUGCCUGCCUCUCCCAGCCAGGCAGCCCAGCCGCGCCGCGCCGCGCUGCUGGCGGCGGCCGGAGCGGGCGGCGGCGGCGGCGGCAGCGCUCCGCCAGCCCCGGGCGGCUCCGCGCCGGUCCCCGCGGCGCGGCCGCCCAUGCCGGCCGGCAGCCCCAACCCCGCCGGGCAGCCCUAGCCCCGCCGGGCAGCCCCAGAGCCCCGCCGGGCAGCCCCAGAGCCCCGCCGGGCAGCCCCAGCCCCGCUCGGCUCCGCGCGGCGCGGGGAGGGGGCACCACUUCUCUGAGUCUCCCCACCAGAUCGUUAUGGACCUAUUCGACUUUUUCAGGGACUGGGACUUAGAGCAGCAGUGUCACUAUGAGCAAGACCGGAGUGCACUUAAGCGGAAAGAAUGGGAGAGAAGAAACCAGGAAGUCCAGCAAGAUGAAGAUCUCUUUGCUUCAGGUUUUAACCUCUUUGGGGAACCCUACAAGACAAAUAAAGGCGAUGCCCUUGCAAACCGUGUCCAGAACACAUUGGGAAAUUAUGAUGAGAUGAAGGACCUGUUAACCAACCAUUCCAACCAGAGCCACCUUGUAGGAAUCCCAAAGAAUUCUGUCCCACAGACACCCAUUGACAAAAAUGAACAGAACUUUUUCCCAGAACCAAGAAACAGGAUGAUCCCAUCUCAUCAGAUCAGUGGCCACUCAUCGACAUCAAUGCCUCCACCUUCUUCAUUAUCAUCUAAUUCUACUUUGCUACACAGUCACCAGAGCAGCAGAAAGUCGAGGACAGACUGGUCACGUGGUGGUCACAACUCUAGUGGGACCCAGCCAAGCCAAUCCAGUAGUCAGCAGAGUCGGACAAAGCAUAGCUCUUCUCAUGACCAGCCACAGGGCAGGUAUGAAGACCUCUAUAAUUGUCAGAGUGAGCAGCAUAAAAGUGGAGGAACUGAGGAAGGAAAUUCUAUGGCAGCAUCUUCACAUUCGAGGAGGCAUACUCAUUCAAAGUCAGCGGCUGGAGAACAUACAUACAAGGAAAACAGUCAUUCAAAGUCACCCACAGAGCUUGAGUUUGUAGGUCACGGUCCUGGAUCUCCACUUCCUUCCACAUCUUUGUUAUCUGCAAACAAUGGUCUUUCGACCCAGAAUUUCCCACCAGGACUUCACUGUAAAAACAGCAUGGUCCAGCAAAAGCCUACAGCAUAUGUCAGGCCUAUGGACGGUCAGGACCAGGUACCCAAUGACUCACCUGAACUGAAACCUCCAAUAGAAAUUGAGAGUGGAUAUGGAAAUCAGUCUUUUGGAACACUGCUGGAAGGAAAAGUGAACACACCUAGUUCGAAGAACAAAGUACCAAAGCUCAACAUUCCUCCUGUUACUGAAGUUCCCCUUCCCAAUGACUCCAGCUGUGUGGAAGAAAUACUACGGGAGAUGACCCAUUCCUGGCCUCCUCCUCUUACUGCUAUUCACACUCCUGGCAAGGCUGAGCAGACCAAGUUUUCUAUCCCAAGCAAGGACUCCCAACAUCUGACCUCAGGAUACAAUGUACAAAAGUGGAGUGAUCCAGCAGGGAAAGUUGCAACUAAGUCAGUGCCACAAAAGUCAAUGCUUGAGGAUGAUCUGAAACUCAGCAGUGAUGAAGACGACAAUGAACAGGCUGCUGAAAAGACAAAAUUGAGAAACAUUCCUGUAAACAGCCUGCCGGUGCCAGCAGCACACACAACCGGCUUGGCCCAUUCCAGCGGUGGCUCUGGGAGCUCCAGCGAGUCCGAAAGCAGCUCAGAGUCUGACUCCGACAGCGAGAGCAGCUCCAGCGACAGCGAGUGCAAUGAGGAGUCACGCAGUGCCACACCAGAGCCUGAACCUCCCUCAACAAACAAAUGGCAGCUGGAUAAAUGGCUAAAUAAAGUGAACCCCCACAACAAGACCAUCAUCAACAAUCAAAAUGAGCCUCACAGCGAGACCAGCUCCCAGGCCCAGAGCAACCAGCAGGCCGAAGGGCCAAACAAAGGGAAGCUCAACAGCAGCCUGCCCCCGACUGAUUCCAAAGACCGGGCGAUCCUUAGUCCCAUCCGAGAGAAAGCCAAACCGCGAGUUGCCCAGAAAACCCCAGAGGCGAAAAGCUCCAAGCAGAAGUCACCAGCUCAUAAUGAGCCACCUUCACAAAGGACUACUGGGAAAAAGCAACCCAAAAAGGUAGAAAGGACUUCCAGUGUAGAAGAGUAUAACUGGCCCAAACCAAAUAAUACCAGCAACACUCCCAAAGAAAAAGACACACAGGACCCCCCCGAGCAGCCAAAGGUUCGAACUAAAGCAGCAGUUGGGAAGACCGCUCCAAGGAAAGAACCACGAACUAGCACAGGUCUCUCUUCAGAGAAGAAAAAGUACAGAGGACCCAGCAAAAUUGUCCCUAAGUCCCGGGAAUUCAUUGAAACGGAUUCAUCUACUUCUGACUCAAAUACAGACCAGGAGGAGAGCUUGCAGGCUAAGGUAUUGCCAGCUUGCACCAGCUCUGGCAAUGGCGUCAAAGUGAAGGACUCUGGCAGUAACAUCCUCAGCGUAAGUAGUUUAACUAGCAAUGGCAGCAACACAUCCAUCGACCAGACCAGCAAUGACUUGGAGGAGCAGCUCUUUUCUCCUAUCCCAAUCGUACAAAAUGAACUUCUGUCCCCACUGAGAGAAUACGAAGAACUCAAAUCUCUGUGGGUGAAAAUAGACCUUAGUUUACUCUCUAGGAUACCUGGACAAGAGCCUUUUGAGGCCACGUCUGUGAAAAGUGAACCAAGAGAGGCAAAUGUGAAACACAGGCGACCAUCUCGAGAGUCCCCUACCCCAGCAGCUGAAAAACCAUCCACAAAAUCCAAAAGGAAACACAAGCAGCCAGAAAGCCUGGAUACUUUUGUUGAAAGCAAGAAGCAGCGCCUGGAGGACCCUUCAGCUUCAUGCCUGCUCCCACCUUGUAUCUCUCCAAUACCGAAUCACAGAUUAACCAGCACUAAAGAGAGCAGCAGUAACUCAGUGAAGAAGGUGGCAAAGAAAAGAGAAGAGAAGCUGUUCCCUCCUCCAUUGUCCCCCCUCUUGGAUGAGCCUGUGCACCGGCGGCACAGCAGUGACAACAGCUCCUUCAGCCAAGAGACCAACAUCACAAACACAUCUCAGACCAGCAGCUCUUCCUCCUCUGUUUCUAAACACAGAAAGAAUGAAAAUAAAUCCUCCUCUAACCCCAAAGGAAUCUGUGAGGAAGAAUCUCACAAUACAUCAACAGCCAACACUCUUCUUGACACCAGCCAUCUAGAAACAGACAUCUGGUCUGCAAUGCCAACGCUUUCCAAUGGGAAUUCUGAGCCCAGAAGACCCAAAAUAACAUUUGAUGAUGUGCUUCACAAUGCGGAUUAUUACAUGCAAGAGGCUAAGAAGCUGAAGCAUAAAGCAGAUGCAUUGCUGGAGAAGUUCGGCAAAGCAGUGAAUUAUGCUGAUGCUGCCCUCUCCUUCAUCGAGUGCGGGAACGCUAUGGAGCGAGAUCCAUUAGAAGCUAAAUCUCCAUACACCAUGUACUCAGAGACUGUGGAACUCAUCAGGUAUGCAAUGAGACUCAAGAAUUUCACAGGCUCUUCUGCCACGGAAGGGGACAAGAAAUUAGCAGUUUUAUGCUACCGAUGCUUAUCACUUCUCUACUUGAGAAUGUUUAAACUAAAGAAGGACCAUGCUAUGAAGUACUCCAGAUCUCUGAUGGAAUAUUUUAAGAACUCUUCAAAAGCCUCACAGGCCCCGUCACCUUGGGGCGGCAAUGGAAAGAGCACAGAAACGCCAUCGCCCAUGUCCCUGAGCCCAUCCCCUGUCAGCUCUGCUGGAAGCAGCGGGGGCACUGCCAGCUCCUCCUUGGCGGGGACCAUCACCAUCCCUCAGCGCAUCCACCACAUGGCUGCCAGCCACGUCAACAUCACCAACAACGUCCUGCGGAGCUACGAGCACUGGGACAUGGCUGACAAGCUGACUAAGGAGAACAAAGAAUUCUUUGUAGACCUGGACUCAGUGAUGGGACCCUUAACACAACACAGCAGUAUGACCAAUCUGGUUCGUUACGUUCGCCAAGGACUCCACUGGCUCCGCAUUGAGGCUCAUUUGUUGUAGUGACUGCUGCCCUGUUCAUAACACCCCCAUUCUUCUACCUCUACCAGCGCAGAGACGAUCACUGGUGGAACUCCACUCAUUUCUGGAAGUUUAUUCAUGUAACUUCAUUUUUAUUGCCUUUUUUAAUAUCCUAUCUAUUGGAAGUAGAAGUGACCAUAAAUGGAACUUAUGACUCAAGAGCAGUAUGUGUUGUACCAUCUAAUCAUUUUUGACAAUUUUCUAUGCCUUGUGUCUCCUGGAUCCUGCCAUCCUUAUGUGCUUUAUGGAACGGUACAUUCCCUGCAGUAUUGUUUUAAGUCCAUGCUGCCUUCAAGUGAAAACAAAAAAGCACUUUGAGAAGAUAUGGAUUCCUGAGUAAUAGUACAAAGCGUCUUAAAUAUUUGAGGGUAUAUAUGAGAAGUCCCUUCUGAAAUAAAUUAGUAGAAGUUAUAGCUAUUCAUUCAAAAUCGUCUUCUGAACCUGAACCAAGCUUUUCGACGCUUAAUUCUGGCAUCAUUACCUAACACAGUACAUUCCUAAGAUUUCAUACUUCCUAUAGGCUUGGUCUCUAAAAGAGAACAUUGAAUAUCUUACAGGUACAUAAUGUAAGAUCACCAAAGGUGUUAUAGAGGUAAAAGGUUGAAGGAAUGCCUCAUUAAAGAAUGAUGACACACUAUGCAAUGAGGUUUUGAUACUCCAUUCUUCCUGUUUAUUGUUGGCUUAAUAAUUUCAGUAGGCAGCAAAAUUUAUUGCAGUUUUUAGGCAAUUUCAAAAUAUUAGCUUUCAUAGUCUUAUCUACCAUUCCUAUACUAAAUCUGUGAAUUUUCUUUCAGUUUUACUGUUUAGUCUCAAACAAAUACUCAUCCAAGAUUUUUCGUCGUAGAACAAUCUCUCCUUGCAUAGUGACUCAGUGAAAGCAGAUUUUAACAGGACCGCUACACUCUAAGCAUUGAUAUUGUAUGUAAAAAAUCCAUUAAUAAGUGUAUGCAGAUUCUUCAUGAAACUCUCUGGAAGUUUAACUAACCAGCUACUGUUGAAACAUUAUAAUUCCAUGUGGCAUCAUUUCUCACCUGUUUUGUUCAUUUCAGAGCAUUAGAAAUGAACAGUAUUAUCUUGCUAUCUUGAAAACAAUGUCAAAUUAAAUAAAAUCGCCAGAUUUACCCAAAAGCAAUAUAACAUUUGUUUAAUAAUGGCCAUGAAUACUUCAGUCAGAUUACCUAUUUUCCAAGCUCUGCAUCUGUUUACCCAUGCUGUCAUGUUUUGGACGAUUCCUCUAUUGCGUGAAUAAUAAUGAGACAAUUCGGAUAGAAUUUCAAAGCAAUUGUGAAUAAAUUACACCAUUUCACAUUUGCUCUUUCCUCUUCUUUUUUUCCCCUGUUAUAAACUGCACUGCUCUUCUGGUGCCACUGCAAGAAGCGCUGGUGCAUGAAACAAAACAAAAUGAAUUUAUAUCAAUAAUUCACAAGACUUUAAAUGGUCUCAUCUCAUUCUUGAUAUAACGCCUGCAUACCUUACUGAACAGUAAAUUCCAUUUCUAUAAACAGAAAAUGCUCAUAGCAAUGUAAAUAUUAUUCUCUCUUAUCUCAUUGGAAUAAUACAAUAUGUGUAUUAAAUGCCAUCCAGAUAUUAGUUAAUUGCAAUUACCUUCUGCUAUAUAAUCCUGUAUAUCCUUUAAUCUGGUGAGUUAUUGGAUUCUACUCACUGGGUUGUGACCAGAUAAAUAGGACAAAUUUGCAUUUAAAAGGUUCAGACUGUUACGAUUUUUAGAGCAGGCCUUGGAUAUUUGCAAUAAGAGCAGUUUAAGGACUCUGCCCAAUGCACAUUUAAGACAAACAUUAUGUAGCUGUUGUGUGUUAGCUCCCCGUAGUACUACCUUUUCUUAAAAAUCAAUAAUUCCUAAUAUUUUGUUUCACAAGAAUGUAUUGUAAAUGUAGCCAAGGUGCAUCAUUAGAGAAAUCACCCAGUUUAGGGUUGUCUGCAAAGGACAUUUGCAGAACAUGUACAUCCUGUAUUAUCUGCCCAUUCCUGUUCCUGAAGUGGUCGAUACACCCUUAUCUGUUCUCAGAGGGUUUCAGUAACAUGGCUGAAACGUGAAUCCGACAGCAUUUGUCGCGCUGAUUCUGGCCCCAGUAGGUAAAUGAAUAAAACCACCACAGCAAGAUCUGUUCAGAAACGUAGAUGGAAGGUGCUUGAUCUUUUUUUUUUUUUUUUUAAGGAAAAGAAAACAAAAUGCUUGAAGUAUUUUAUUGUAUUUUUUUGAACAGGGUGAGUACUUGAGAUGAAGUAGUGCUGGGGUGGUUUUGUCAUAAGCCAGUUUUCCAUUCUUUUUGCAAGAUCUCACUAACGAGAUUCAGUAACUACUUAGUCUAAUUAAGCGCAUUGUCGUCCCUUGUUCCUUUAAUGGGGACUGAAAUCCUAGACUUCCAUGCAUUUAUGAAGGAUAGAUACGUCUUGAAAUACAAUCUUCAGACACAAGACUGUUCAAAGAGUCAGCUGCAGUCACUUGGUGAAGGCAACGUAUUUUCUUUCCCCUGUUGCUUGCUAUAAACAGACUCCUAUCUCUAAAUUUACCCCCUGUUUACAAUCUUUUGCUUAAACAGCUUAAGGAAUUAGCCCACCUGAUUUUGUAUCCUGUGACUUAGUUUGAAAUGCAUGCUGAAUCAAUGGCAUGAUUAUAAUAAGUCCAGCAGUCAAGUCUAGGAUCACAAGCCAACUUACUAUUUAACAGUCUUGUUUCAAAAGCAGCUUAGAAACAAAUUAAAUAUGGAGAGUGAAUUACCAUCUUAUCCCUGGGGAUGAUGCUUCUUUUGGGUUAGUUAUUAAGGAUUAUUGCACUUUUACAGGCACUAUAUUCAUCUCAUUUCAAAUGCCAACAUGUCAUCUUUGUGGAAUCAUUUUACCCCUUAAAAUAUUACUUCCAGCAGAGUUAAUCAAAUGAGAUUGUUUGUUUGUUUCAAUCCUUGGGGAAGCAGCAUGUGUUUGCUUGGGCGUUUGCUAUGUCUCCUCCUAACACUGCCCGCUUCAGGCAUUCAAAGUCAUGAACCAAGCACCAAAAGUUACAAGGCUGGCUUCAAAUCAUGGGGGUUUUUUUAAAUAAACUUUUUUGGUUCUUGUAUUGCCUUCUGGAUACUGA